UCGUUCCGGCUCCGCUCACCGUCCUGGACCUCGGCGGAGCGCAGAGCCGCGUGUAAGGUACGGAGGCCGCGUAAGGAGAGCUCGAAGGCGGCUUCCAGUGGCCGGGAGAGUGCGCCCGGGGGAAGCUGCCUUAGCGGGACGGAGUCAAGACGGUCGGCGGAGCACCGGGGGCUCCAGGGUCCAGCCAGAUGCUCUAAUCUUUGACCCCUGCCGGUCAGACCUAGGGCCCUGUGUAGGUCCGAGUCUUUCAAGCAGCCACACUAUGAACACGUCUCCAGGCACGGUGGGCAGUGACCCUGUCAUCUUGGCCACUGCAGGCUAUGACCACACAGUGCGAUUCUGGCAGGCCCACAGCGGGAUCUGUACCCGAACCGUACAGCACCAGGACUCCCAGGUGAACGCGCUGGAGAUCACACCCGACCGCAGCAUGAUUGCUGCUGCAGGUUACCAGCACAUUCGCAUGUAUGAUCUCAACUCCAAUAAUCCCAACCCCAUCAUCAGCUACGAUGGGGUCAACAAGAACAUCGCGUCUGUGGGCUUCCAUGAGGACGGCCGCUGGAUGUACACUGGUGGCGAGGACUGCACAGCCCGGAUCUGGGACCUCAGGUCCCGGAACCUGCAGUGUCAGCGGAUCUUCCAGGUGAACGCGCCCAUUAACUGCGUGUGCUUGCACCCCAACCAGGCGGAGCUCAUUGUGGGUGACCAGAGCGGCGCCAUCCACAUCUGGGACCUGAAAACUGACCACAACGAGCAGCUGAUCCCGGAGCCCGAGGUCUCCAUCACGUCUGCCCACAUCGACCCCGACGCCAGCUACAUGGCGGCAGUCAACAGCACCGGGAACUGCUUUGUCUGGAAUCUGACCGGGGGCAUUGGCGACGAGGUGACACAGCUCAUCCCCAAGACCAAGAUCCCAGCCCACACCCGCUACGCCCUGCAGUGCCGCUUCAGCCCAGACUCCACGCUCCUUGCCACCUGCUCGGCUGACCAGACUUGCAAGAUCUGGAGGACGUCCAACUUCUCCCUGAUGACGGAACUGAGCAUCAAGAGCAGCAACCCCGGAGAGUCCUCCCGAGGCUGGAUGUGGGGCUGCGCCUUCUCGGGGGACUCCCAGUACAUCGUCACCGCUUCCUCUGACAACCUGGCCCGGCUCUGGUGCGUGGAGACGGGCGAGAUCAAGAGAGAGUACGGCGGCCACCAGAAAGCUGUCGUCUGUCUGGCCUUCAACGACAGUGUGCUGGGCUAGCCUGUGUGCCCUUGGGAUUGUGGGCGGCCACCCAGAUGGCACCCACAGGAUGCGUCCGUCCAGCUGCCCAGGUCAGCCUAGGCCAGCUGGACCUGACUGACCUGCCCCGGCCCCCUCAGCCAGACCCGCCGGGCCUAGUCGAUCCGCCCUGGGACCCUUCAGCCCCGGCUGCCUCUCCGGAUGUGCCUGGGCUCAGGAGGCCCACCCCAGCCACCGGCGUUCCCAUCGGAAAUUCCAGACCCACAGGGCCUAGAGCUGCGGGGGGGGGGGAUCGGAGGCGCCUGCCCGUCCCCAAACCAGUGCCUCCCCCUUUCCCUCCUUGCCCCUCGCUUGUCCCCUGAGGCCGCAGACAACACCGUCAUGGCUGCUGGAGUGGUUUAUUAGUGCCGCCAGUGGUUGCCCUGUCUGGGACUGGUGACAGGGCCAGCCAGGCGCUUAGUCCGGGAGGUAAUAAAAGCAGACUGACACGCA